CACAACACAGAAGCUGUCAUCCUCCCAACUUACUUAAACAGCCUGUCAUUGUCCCCACUUGUCGUUCAAACUUCAAAAUAAAUAUUAAAAACACAUAAUCACAAAAAGACAAAACAAAUCCAAUGUGGCAUAUUCUUUUUAUAUAUAUAAACACACAAAAACACAUCUCACUUCUCAUCUCCUUUCUACUAUUCCCUUUUGGCCGGAAACCGAGUCGACUCAUUGAGUCAAACCAAACCAAUGGGUAUAUGCAGCUCGUACGAGUCGACACAAGUCGCAACGGCGAAGCUGAUCUUACACGACGGAAGGAUGAUGGAGUUCACAAGUCCGGUCAAAGUUGGUUACGUGUUACAAAAGAAUCCGAUGUGUUUCAUAUGUAACUCCGAUGAUAUGGACUUUGACAACGUUGUAUCCGCCAUUAGCGCCGACGAGGAGUUUCAGCUUGGUCAACUGUACUUCGCUCUUCCUUUAAGUUCGCUUCAUCAUUCUCUUAAAGCCGAGGAAAUGGCUGCAUUGGCUGUUAAAGCUAGCUCUGCUCUUAUGAGAAGUGGUGGUUCAUGUGGCCGAGAUAAAUGUCGGUGUCGUCGGAAAUGUGUGUCUCCGGUGAUCUUUUCUGCUCGAAGAGUGGCGGCGGUGGGAGCUAAUGGAGAGACAAGGAAUGGGAAAAGACGCGGUGGUGGUGGUAGCGGGAGGAGGAAGUAUGCGGCGAAGUUGAGUAAGAUAGAAGAAUGAAGGGUAGUUUGGUGAUUUAGUUAUUAUUGUAGGGUUAAGUUUGUAAAUAUGUAGUUAUUAUCGGAGAAGUAUUGUUGUGCCUAAUGCAAAUUGCGUUUUGCAACGUGGGAAAACUUAUUGUACUUGGUUUACUAAUCAUAUGAGUUGAGAAAGACCAAAAAUCUCAUAUUAUGGAUUUAAGUUACAAUUUUACGGUUGCAUUUUCUUACCAAUCAUUCAAAAGAUAUAUAGUUUAUAUGUGGUGUGAUUUUAAUACAAUGUGGUUCUAAUGCGGUGCAAAAUUAUUAUUAGCUGCAUUUAAAAUCGCACACCAAUAAUCCAAAAAGUGUAGUGUAUUU